AUGUCACUGGAGUGCGUGCUUGCCUUCUUCGACUUCCAACCAUCACUCCUCAAUGCCCAUUUGGUAUCCGCCAUCAUGCCGUUGAUGCUGACAGUGCUCCUGGCAAUCGUGCGCGACCCCUGGAUGGCACUGGUGCUGGGAACCAACGUGUUCUUGCCCCGUUUCGUCGCCGUCUUCGGCAAGUACCUCGUCAUGCUUCGCAUCCGGCCAGAAAACAAUAUUGGGGGCGAUGCCCGGUUCGAGUUUCUUCCUAAAUUCGGCGAGUCAUCCAUGUGCGCCAUCAGCGCGGUCGUGUGUGCCACCCUGAUAUGUGCGACAGCUGGCAUUGCUGGAUGGCUUCUGGCUGUGCUUCGACAGAGCGAUGCACCUCCGGCACACGUCCAAUACCUGACCCUCGCAUACAAGACCAAGUACCCAGCAUGGGAGAUUGAGAAGCUUGGCCGCAAAAUGGUGCUCCUCUACAACAAGUUCGCCCUCCCCACGGUUCUCUCACCCGCCUUGCAAAUGGAAGGCAUUGCCGUCACUCUGAUCAUCUCCCUCGCCCUCAAUGGGAUCUUCCGGCCAUACAAGAACAAAGCAUGGAACUGGUCCGAAGCGGGCCUUUUGCUCGUUGGCUUGACCAUGACCAGUUUGACAACGUGUUUGCUGGCCAACGACUCGCAUUGGGCGCGCUCCCAGGCGACGCAGGUGGUGCUGAUCUUCGUGAUUUGUUGCCUGGCCAGCGGCAUCUCAAUUGCAAUGGCGGUGCUCAUCUUCGUUUCCCUCGUCGCAGAGCGGCGGGAAAGACAGGCGGCCAAAAGACUCAAGGAAGCUGAGGAAGCGGCAGGAGCGAAGACUGCAAGCAGCCAGAGC